CUCUAUCUCACCUCACACUUUCGUCCUACCAUGGCCCGUACCAAGCAGACCGCCCGAAAGUCCACCGGAGGCAAGGCUCCACGUAAGCAGCUCGCCUCCAAGGCCGCUCGCAAGACCGCACCCAGCACAACCGGUGGUGUGAAGAAGCCUCAUCGUUUCCGACCCGGAACCGUCGCCCUUCGAGAGAUCAGGCGUUAUCAGAAGUCGACCGAGCUUCUCAUCCGGAAGCUCCCCUUCCAGCGACUUGUCCGUGAGAUCGCGCAGGACUUCAAGACGGACCUGCGUUUCCAGUCCUCGGCCGUCAUGGCCCUUCAGGAGGCUGCCGAGGCCUACCUUGUGUCCCUCUUCGAGGACACCAACCUUGCUGCGAUCCAUGCCAAGCGAGUCACAAUUCAACCCAAGGAUCUGGCUUUGGCUCGCCGUCUCCGUGGCGACAGGAGCUGAAUGAUUAAUCAUACACUAUCCUCCGUUCGCUCUCAAGGGGAGAGGGGCAUUCUAUCGUACCCAUUUUCUCCUUUAUUCUUGACGUUGCCGCACGUUAGCAGGAGACUGGUGUAGGUUUAUUAGACGUGUCGUCGUGUACCCUAACCUUUAUGCUGAUUCAUCCAUAUUAUCUCCCCUAUUCUCGCUGGACGUCCCGGAUCU